GUCCGCGCGGGCCUCUGCCUUUUGGAGGUCCAGGUGGAGAGCAUCCGGGAUCAUGACUACGGCAUCAGCCCUGCGGACUUGCAGAAGAGCCCCCUCCAGCCGCGGCCCUCCAACGGUGUGGCAGACAAGCCGGAGCCGAACAUCCGAAGAAUGGUGCGCUACCUUCUGACCCUCCUCUGCCUGUUCACCGACAUGGUCAUUGCGAUGAAU